AUGGCGGCGGGCGGGCGAAGGGGCCCGGCCGGCACUGCGCAUGCGCCCGGAGGAGGCGCCAAUAGCGCUCGUCCCCUCCGGCGCCGGCCCGCGGCGCAGGCGCACCCUUUAACCCUAACGCUAUGCUCCGCUCCCACAGCCGUGAUCGGCGGCGGCAUCGGGGGGACAGCGGCCGCUUAUUUCCUGCGGCAGAAGUUCGGGAGGAGCGUGCGGAUCGAGUUGCUGGAGCGGGGGGAGGUGGGCGGCCGCUUGGCCACGGUGGAGAUGGAAGGGGCGAGCUACGAGGCGGGGGGGUCCGUGCUGCACCCCCUCAACCUGCACAUGAAGCACUUCGCCAAGGAGCUGGGCCUCCCUGCUAUCCCUGUCCCUGGCAACCUCAUGGGCAUCUAUAACGGAGAGGAGUUCGUCUUCGAGGAGAGCAGCUGGUACAUCAUCAACAUCCUCAAGCUGCUCUGGCACUAUGGGUUCAGCCCCCUGCGGAUGAACAUGUGGGUGGAGGACAUCUUGGACAAGUUCAUGCGGAUCUAUCGCUACCAGACACACGACUACACCUUCAGCAGUUACGAGCGGCUCUUCCACGCCCUCGGAGGGAAUGACUUCACCCAGAUGUUUAACCAAACCAUCGAUGAAGCCAUGCAGAAAGCCAGCUUUUCCCAGAAGUUCAUAAAUGAGAUGGUUUGUCCGGCCAUGAGGGUCGAUUACGGGCAAGGUGUCAACAUCAAUGGUUUUGUAGGUGCCGUGUCUCUGGCAGGGGCAGGAUCAAGCCUUUGGUCAGUGAAAGGAGGAAACAAACUUGUCUGCACUGGUCUUAUUUACGCCUCGAAAGCAGAUGUUAUCGCUGGUACAGUUGUGUCUAUAGAGCCCAAAACCAGACAGAGAUCCUCAGGGGACCCAGUUAACCUCUACCACGUCACCUACGACACGCCGUCAGGACAGACAGGGGACAUCUAUGACAUUGUUGUCAUUGCUGCUCCUCUGAACCGCAAAAUAGCCAACAUCACCUUCAAGAACUUCAGCCCUCCAGUCCCGGAGUUCUCCAAUCCUUACCAACAGACCGUGGCCACGUUUGUGCACGGCCGCUUAAACGCCUCCUUCUUCGGUUACCAGGACCCAUCCGCCUUUCAUCUGGGUACCAUUUUCACUACAGAAAAUCCCAAACUGUUCAUCAACAGCGUGGGGAUCGUAUCUCCUGUGGAAAACAGAGGCAGCGAAGAAAAGCCACCCUUGCAGUCAGCAGUCUGGAAGAUAUUCUCAAAGGAAGAGCUCACGAAAGAGCAGAUGAACUUGCUUUUCUCCUCCUACGACUCUGUCAAGGUGAAGAAGUGGCUGGCAUACCCCCACUACAGCCCCCCAGAUAAAUUCCCACCUAUCAUCCUCCACGACAACAUCUACUACCUGAAUGGCAUCGAGUGGGCUGCCAGUGCCAUGGAGAUGAGCUCCAUUGCAGCCAAAAACGCCGCGCUGCUCGCCUACCACCGCUGGUACGGCAACACAGACAAGAUCGACCAGGAAGACUUGUAUGAGAAACUGAAAACAGAGCUUUGAGCUGAGCACCACUACGGCCCCCAGAGAUACAGAUCGUGUACUGAAAGCUGUGUAGUCGCAACUAAAAGGAAUAAAGGAGGAGCUUGGAUGAUGUGAUUUUAUUCUAACUUCUCCCUUAGCCUCGAAGAAGGAGGAAACAUCCAGCCAGCUCCAGACACAAGCUGACUUGAACUGCUGUCAAAAGUGGGGGGCACUUCCCCAAGCAAGCUGGCCCUCAAGCAAAGCCUUCAGUCUGUCCCUCUGCAAGAUAACCAAGAUGUUUUAAACGCCACAUUGACCCUAAAGUGUCCUUCAGAUCCUACCAAGCCCAGGAUCUGCAUCACUGUGAUUAACUGAGCAUUGUUCCCUUAGACCUGUGCAUGUCGCUCUCCCUCUCUGGAUCUCUCUCCAUCGGGGGGGAAAUAAUUCAGCUUCUUAGCAUUAAAUCUCUCUGCCUCCAC